AUGAACGUCAACUUCGAUUCGAGUGGAGGCGACGGCCUCUUGGACCUCUCCUCUUUCGACCAGCGGGACCGCCUCGAGCCCCCCGAGGACCAGCAAGCCCACUCGCCCUCACAUAGCUCAUCACCUCUGAGCCAGCACUCGCAACACUCGCCGUAUCAGCAACCCGUCAACUCGUUGACCGACUGGGCCCUUCAACAACACCAGCACCAGCAGCAACAGACGCCCCAUGGACUGCCCGAUUACUCUCAGUUUGUCUCCGACGCCUACAUGCCCGUCACCUACAACCCGUAUGCCCCUGGCUUCCAGACAAAUCCCAUCGACUUCCUUCCGGCGACGACGCAAGCACUGCAGGCGGCAAACUUCCAACUCGCUUCGGCAUUCAACACGAUGCCCCCAUGGAUGAGACUGUUCCGGCUAUGA